UGAUCUAAUUGUAGAUGGCUCUGUUUAUUGCAGGGGAGUUGGACUAGAUGACCUUAAAGGGUCCCUUCCCAUUCACAUGAGUCUGAUUCUGUUUUCUCUAGAGACAGUUGAUAGCACCUUCUUCAAGUAUCUGAUAACCUGAUACUUCUGAGUGUUGAAUUUCCUUUUGCCUUUCAGGCACAAGUUUCCAGUCUGCUUCUUUGGUUUCUCCUUUCUUCAGUUUGCAAAUAAGAGGUUCUUCUCCCUGUAGUGCCUGUCGUGAUGAUUUCCAGAAUGAGUUCUCUGGAAUGUUUUCAUGAAGGGAACGUUGACAGUUCCAGAUCACUGCUGUCUUCACCGUAGCCAUCAACUUGUACUUGAGAAUUCUGGAAAUAUUUUCAAAGAGCGGGAAAUACUUAAGGUUGCUGACCACUUGCCAGACUUCCUCUUCAAGCUGUUUAAAUGAGAAUGUCCCUGGCACAAAGAGUACUACUGACAUGGCUUUUUACGUUACUCUUCCUCAUCAUGCUGGUACUGAAGUUGGAUGAGAAAGCACCAUGGAACUGGUUCCUCAUUUUCAUUCCAGUCUGGAUAUUUGAUACUAUUCUUUUAGUUAUGUUAAUUGUAAAGAUGGCUGGACGUUGCAAGUCUGGCUUUGACCCUCGCAAUGGCUCCCAGAACAUCAAGAAGAAAACCUGGUAUCUCAUUGCAAUGCUGCUUAAAUUGGCCUUCUGCCUUGCCCUCUGUGCUAAGCUGCAGCAAUUCACCACGAUGAAACUAGCCUAUGUAUUUAUCCCAUUGUGGGCCUUGCUCAUUGGGGGUAUGAUUGAACUUGGAUACAAUAUUUUUUACAUAAGAAGAGACUAAGCUGUACGUGGCUCUCCAGUUGGAGAUUUGGUACCAGUUUGCUGGAUUAUUAGUUCUGCCACAAAUGUGAUCCCUAAGCCAGAAUGCCGCCUAAGGAAACAUGCUGGAGACGUGACCUACACCAGGCUGAAGACCAGAAGUAGACUUGUACCAUUUUUUUAUUUUCAAAUGGUCAUACUUUCUCUUGUAAAUAAAAGUAUUUGUUCCACA